CCUUAUCUUCUUAUCUCCAUAUAUUUCUGCAGCAUUCUGCUAUUCUUGUGGCUACACUGAGGUCUGGAUUUAAGAUUUUCUGAACCAGUUGGGGGUGAUUUCUGGUAGGUCUAUUGGAUUUUUUCUGUAGAGUUUUUUUAGGGGGAGAACUUGAUCAUGGCUGUUACGGUUGGAAGGAUUGUGGGUGCCAAGGGGAACUCCAAUCCCUUAUUUAGGAGAAAAAAUGGGGAUUUGUGGCACAGGAGAAAUGUUAAUGUCAGAGCGAUGGCCUCUGUUACCUAUGGCAGGCUGAAAGAAGAGUAUAAAUUGCUCAGUUUGAAACCCAAUGCCACUGAAAAUGAAGUCAAAAAGGCAUAUCGGCGGCUCGCCUUGCAGUACCAUCCUGAUGUCUGUAAAGGAGAUAACUGCGGUGUGAGGUUUUACAAGAUCACUGAAGCCUAUCAGUCUGUAAUGUCUACUCUGGCUGAGGCAACUGAGGAAGAGGAGUACUAUGCUGAUGAUGAUUACAUGGGUCAUGACCAAUGGGAAGAAUGGAUGGGAUUUGAAGGUGGUAUGCCAAGCCGAGAUUAUUCAAAUCAUAUUAACUAUUAUGCCUAAUUACAAUCAAUUUAUAAUGGCAGCCUCCAUGAAUGGUCUGCCAAGAGUUCAGUCUAAUUACUUAACUCAGCAAUAGCUCUUGUAAUUUGAGUAACUGCUUUGGUAUCUUCCAGUCUUCUCAUGUCAUCUCCAUCUAAAGAAAUAUGGUCUUCACAAUGUACAUACAGUUGGCUCCAUUAAUAUCCUGAAACCAGGAUUUCAUGAUCCAUACUACCGAACUGACUUUGUAUGGUCUUCACAAUGUACAUACAGUUGGCUCCAUUAAUAUCCUGAAAUCAGGAUUUCAUGAUCCAUACUACCGAACUGACUUUAGAGCCAUUGUCUGUUUCUUCCCCAAUUAUUGUUGUUAAAUAACACUCUGUACAUAGGUCUUGUAUAUUUUCAUUGUCUGAACUUUGAUGCCUCUGUUCUACAAUGAAGAUAACCUGCAUCAUUCUGUGCAGGCAUUCAUCUUCAAAAAUCAAUAGAAAUUCUUCCAUUCCUUAAAAUCUAAUGCCUCUUGAUCUACUGGCUUAAGGAAUUGUGUGAGGAUUUGUGGGUUGUUACUCUAAAUGAAGAGCUGCAAAUUAUUCUCUGUGCACUUUCAUGGCUCCUCAUAAUCAAUUAAUAAAAUACUAUUAAUGUCAACAAGCUGACAUUCUUGUGC